CUCCAUUGGCGGGAGCUUGACAUACUCGGACAAACAGAAAGGAUCUUGGAUUGUUGAUGGUGAUGUCAGAGUAUAUCCGAAUACUAUCGCCGAAAGACCCCGCACUGAAAGCGUCACAAACGCUGAGACUUUUUACUUGAAGAAUAUAUUCUAUAUCCAUUUCAUACUUAUUCAAAAUAAAACAUUUUCAGAAGACACAUAAAUCUUAUCACAGAAACAUCAUGGCUGACAUUCCUGAAAAAAUGCUUGCUGCUCAAGUCGUCGAAUUUCAUAAGCCGUAUAAGAUCCAGGAAGUCCCAGUCCCAGGCAAGAAUCUAGAUGAAAAUGACAUGCUCGUAAAAGUCGCUGUUGGCUCCCUUUGCCACACGGACGGGAUGGUCUUAGAGGGUAUCAUGGGAACCAAGUUACCCUGCAUCGGAAGCCACGAAGGCGCCGGUACCGUGGUCAAAGUUGGUUCAGCAAUCUCUGAAUUCAAAGUGGGAGAUAGAAUUCUUGUCAAUCUAACAUACCAUCGUUGUCGUACUUGUGCAGAUUGUAAAGGGCCAGAACAAGAUACCCAGUACUGUGCCAAUGUUGGAGGUUAUUUGGGCGUCUCGAGAGAUGGAUCUUUCGCUGAAUACGAACUCGUUGAUGGACGAGAAUGCUGUCGACUGCCUGACAAUGUAAGCUUUCAGUCUGCAGCCCCUCUUGCUUGUGCUGGCGCGACCGUCUGGGGUGGACUUGUAAGAGCUGGGCUCAAGUCUGGCGAAAGCAUUGCGAUAGUGGGAGGAGGAGGAGGACUAGGGCAUCUCGGUGUCCAGUUUGCGAAAGCUCUCGGUCUUCGAGUUAUUGCAAUCGACGCUCGCGAUGAAGGUCUUGCUCUUGCAAAAGAAUGCGGUGCCGAUACCACUGUGGAUGCUCGAAAAGGCAAGGAAAAAGUUGUUGAAGAAGUAAAGAAAGUCACAAACGGUAAGCUAGCAGAUGCGACUCUGAAUGUCAGUGAUCACGAAUCUGCUGCUGCCACGGGAGCAGCCGUUACUAAGAUGCACGGCAUCCUUCUCCAGAUUGCACAACCGACCAAUGUCAGUGUGCCAUUCGAAGAGUUUGUGUUUCGUGACAUUAGAGUUCAUGGAAGUUUGAUAUGUUCUCGAGGUGAAUGUCAGAAAAUGCUUGAAGUCGUGUCCAAGAACAACAUCAAGGUCAAGACGAACGCAUUCAAAGGCAUUAAGGAAGUCCCAAAGGCAGUCGAGCUUGCUCAUUCUGGGAAAAUGCAAGGAAAACCUGUGAUAUUGAUCGACGAGCGAGCAAUUGAAGAUGAAAAGAGAUCUGGACUGAAGAUGAUAUAGAAUGAUAGCAGACUGAAACACUCUUGACAUUGCAAUCACAUAGGCAGAUAGGCA